AUGGCCACCAUGUCCAUCUGGCCCCUGGCCAAGAGGCCUGAGCACUGCAGACUGACCGACUCUUGUGCCGUCCUGGGGUCUAAGAGGCUCACAAGAGCUCCGCCCCUGGGCCCCAGGCUUAAUCCAGCCCUGGGAUUUCUGUAUUCAGAUGAAGUUCAGAUUGGCCCAGAAACAGUGAUGACUACGCUUUACACUGCGAAGAAGUACGCCGUCCCAGCCUUGGAAGCGCACUGCGUGGAGUUUCUCACCAAGCAUCUUAGGGCAGACAACGCCUUCAUGUUGCUCACGCAGGCUCGAUUAUUUGAUGAACCUCAGCUUGCUAGUCUCUGUCUAGACACCAUAGACAAGAGCACGGUGGACGCACUCAGUGCAGAGGGGUUCACUGACAUUGAUAUAGACACACUGUGUGCAGUUCUAGAAAGAGACACACUCAGUAUUCGAGAAAGCCGACUUUUUGGAGCUGUUGUGCGCUGGGCAGAAGCAGAAUGUCAAAGACAGCAGUUGCCUGUGACUUUCGCCAACAAACAGAAAGUCCUAGGAAAAGCACUGUCCUUGAUCCGUUUCCCUCUGAUGACGAUUGAGGAGUUUGCAGCGGGCCCCGCUCAGUCUGGGAUCCUGUCGGACCGGGAGGUGGUAACGCUCUUCCUCCACUUCACCGUGAACCCAAAGCCCCGCGUGGGCUACGUGGACCGCCCCCGCUGCUGCCUGCGUGGCAAGGAGUGCUGUGUCAGCAGGUUCCAGCAGGUGGAGAGCCGCUGGGGCUACAGCGGGACCAGCGACCGGAUCAGGUUCACAGUAAACAGAAGAAUCUCUGUGGUCGGGUUUGGCUUGUAUGGGUCGAUUCAUGGUCCCACGGAUUACCAAGUGAACAUACAGAUCAUUGAAUAUGAAAAGAAACAAACCCUGGGACAAAAUGACACCGGAUUUAGUUGUGAUGGGACUGCUAACACCUUCAGGGUCAUGUUCAAAGAACCUAUAGAGAUCCUGCCCAACGUGUGCUACACCGCCUGUGCAACACUCAAAGGUCCAGACUCUCACUACGGCACAAAAGGAUUGAAGAAAGUGGUGCACGAGACACCUGCUGCGAACAAGACUGUUUUCUUCUUCUUCAGUUCCCCUGGCAAUAACAAUGGGACCUCCAUCGAAGAUGGGCAGAUACCAGAAAUAAUAUUUUAUACAUAGUGCUAAGUGGUACCAUACAUGCUCAUCUCAAAAGCAUAAAUAACCCACCACAAAAAAA